AUGUCGCCUCAAUACCAUUUUUAUUUUGUAUCAUUCCGGAACUUAGUAUUGAAUGAAAAAUGCCUCCGAAGUAAAAAGCAGGUGAUGAAAAGUUUCAAUUGGUAUAAGACAGAUCGCUAUUUUGAUCCGCAUAACAUCCUUCAACACCAUAGCAGAGCUAUAGAGAAGACAAGAUAUAAACUGGGCAUGCAAACAUCUUCAGAAAGUACCGACGCCAAGUCGGAUUUUCUCGACGAACCCAGUGCAUAUUUAAUUGAGAAAAAUGUGGCUCUUCCCAAGGACAUAUUCGGUUCGUACUUAAGUUAUUGGAUAUAUGAAGUUACUCGUCAUAAAGCGGCAGUAAUUUUGCUCGUACUUAUUGUGACUUCAAUUUUAUUAUUAGUGUUUUUUUAUAAUACGGAAUUUUGCGUUGCCUUUGAGAUACUAUUGUUUUCCUUUUGCUUUCCAGGAACAUGCAUGGUUGUAAUUGCAUUUAGUGAACCGAUCGGUGAUCGGGAAUUUAAAGUUAAGCUUCUGAUGGAAAUUAUCACACGUAAACCGGCGGUAAAGGGGAAAGAAUGGAGGACAAUUACAUACAAGAUGAACCAGUAUUUAUUUGAUCAUGGGCUAUGGGAUACUCCCUACUACUUUUACCGUGAUGAAGAUUGCCACCGUUAUUUUCUAAGUCUUAUUAAGGGAAGAACUUUCAAGAAGCAAAAGGAAUCGUCAGCCAGCAAUGUUAAAGACGCACAAUCAAAUGACGAAACCGCUGGCACACCAAACGAAGCCGCUGAGUCUUCUAGUUUUAGUGCCGGACCGAACUUUAUAAAGCUCCUCACCAAGGCAGCCGAAAUCGAACAACAAUUUCAAAAGGAAUAUUGGCGACAAGAGUAUCCUGGUGUCGAUGAGUUUUUUUAG